AUGUCCGUUUUUCCAGCUCGUUGGAAUGGUUGGAGAGUGGAUACAGUGAUAAGCGAAUGUAUGGAUGAGCGGCUGGUAAGAUCCGCUGAAGCAGUAUCCAGUUCAAGUUUAUUCAUUGUUAUCCUUACAGUGCUACUCUACCUCACUGGACUACUCGUGCUUCUGCUGAUCCUGUUCACUCGUUUACGUGUACUGCGUCAACUCGCAACAUCACCAACUGUUCAGUACGAACAGCUCCUCUAA